AUGGCCGACCUCCGUUGGUACGUCCUCUCUCGCGUCUCUCGCCUUUCCGCAAAAACCACCUUCUCUCUGUCGCAGGAUCGCCAAGUCCGCGCGUCGCCCGACCCUGCCAACGCCCGCGUCUCUCCACGAAGCCACCGACCAACAUCCCUUGAAACCCGUCGCCGUCCUGGUAAACUUGCAAACGCCUCUCUUCCACGCGCCCUCUACCCGUCUCUCUCUCUUUCCAGUUGAUCGACGGUCGCAGCGCCACCGCCUCCACGGAUACCUUCGCCGCCGGUCGUGCUUCCUUCGACGGUUCCGAUCCCCUCUCGCAGUUCGCCGAGCAACGCUCGGAUCCCUCGUCCGCAGCGGCCACCGACCAGGUUCGUACCUCUCGCGCCCACGCCUCGUCUCAGCCUCUCGAACCGCAGCGGGAUCGCUCUUGCCGCGCCAACCUACGCCGACUCCCGUCCGACGGCCCGACGUCCACCGACGCCGCCGAGGAAUCCCUCGAACCGUGGUUGGCCAGGCGCGCCGCGAUACUCGACGGGUACACCGCGUCGGAAAAGUUGUCCAUGGUUGCCGGUUUCUUGCCAGGCGACGAGAAAGGUACGUCUCUCUCUCUCUCUCUCUCUCCCCCUCUCUCUCUCCCUCCCGACUCUAACGCGUCGCUGCCCCGCAGUUGUCGUCAAGGUUCGACCGACCGGCGGAGUCGUCGACAAGGUAAGAACCAGACUGCAACGGUUGGACGACUUCGAGGAGGGAUCGGUCGGGCAAACGUCGGACCUCUCCCAGCAACGAUACGCCGCCAGAGUCGACCGAUUGAACGAUCAACUCGUCCAAGCCUGGCACUCCGACCAGAGAGUCAAAGCGCUGAAAAUUGCCAUUCAGGUUUUCUCGUCCCUUCUCCCUCCGCCUCGUCGUCGAUCGACCUAACCCCGUCUGUCUCCUUUCAGUGCGCCAAACUGCUGGCGGAUACGUCCGUCGUCGCUUUCUAUCCCGGCAAGUUCGUUCUCGUCACCGAUAUUUUGGACGUUUUUGGAAGAUUGGUUUACGACAGGCUCAAGGUCAAAGCUGAAUGCUCCUGCAAGUUGCAGCCGCCGCCGCCGAGUCUCCGCGCGAUAUCUUUUCGUCUUCCUCGCGAGUGCGUUGGCAAGGUCGCGAAUCUUCUCCGAGGUAAACGCUACCGAGAGACCCGCCAAGGACCGCGAACGGUUGAGAACGAGAGAGAGACUCCCCGACGUUCACGUUUCCCCGUCUUCCCAAGACCAGGGAGCAAAGUGCCCGCCGCCGGUCUGCCCGACGACUUCACGCCCGACAUGGUGCCGGAAAGUGCCAAGGAAACUUGCAGAAAUUGGUUCUACAAGAUAGCGUCCGUGAGGGAAUUGGUCCCGCGUCUCUACGUCGAAAUGGCGAUAAUCGAGUCUUACGGCUUUCUAACGACCAGCGAGUUCAACGCGGCUUUGCUGCGAAUUACGCGAAUGAUCAGAGGUAUCGGAGAUCCUCUCGUUGCCGUCUACGCCAGAUGUUACUUGUGCCGAGUGGGACUCGCCUUGAACGAGACGUCCGACUUCGAAUUCGUCAGGGAGAACUUUUACGACUUUCUCUUCACCUACCAGCAGCUGUUCGGCCCCUUCGUCGCCGAUCGACUGAUCGAGCAAAACGUCGCCGUCUCUUCCUACUUGAACCUUUACUCGCCGGCUUUGGACUGGAUCUUGCGAGUCUUGGUAGCCACGACUCGCGAGAACCUUUUGGAGGAGGUGCUCUUUCGCUGCGAGGAUCGAACCAACGGGUACGUCGUUGCGCCCUCUCUCCUUCUCCCGGACGUUCUCUCCCUUCUUUUUCCAGCUCGUUGCUGUUGA